GGAAAAUGUGAAUUCUUUGGCAAUUACAGUCAAAUGAAAAAUUUUGAAAUAGUAAGAAAAAUUUCAUCACACCAAGAGAUCUGUGAAGAUAUCAUAGAAUUAGAGACUGCACUUAUCAAUCACGAUGAAAUAAUUAAUAGUAAUCAAGUUGAUGUGUAUCGUGACAUUGAACAUAUUGAUGACAUUAAUACAGAACCUGAAGAAAAUCAAAUACCACGUGACAACGAACGCUCUGGAACAGCAGGAUUGUCAGUAUAUAAAGUAUAUUUGAAUGCCGGAGCGAGUUUCUUCUUUAAGAUUAUUACAUUACUUAUGCUAAUUAUAUCGCAAUCCAUUACAAGUGCCAGCGACCUUUGGCUAAUUAAAUGGUUGCAAGAUACAAGAUCCUAUAACCAGAGUGCGCAUAAAAUCGAAAACAUUGCAUCGAAGACGAAACUUUUGAACAGCACUAUGAGUGAUACUUUUCAUCAACAUCAAGAAAUUCACAUAUAUGUUUACCUUGGUUUGAUAUGUGCAGUAUUUUUCACCAUGCUAGUUUCUGCGAUAUUAUUGAAUAAUCUGUUUACAACUGCAUCUAUUAAACUCCAUAAGAAAUUUUUCAAAUGUAUUAUUCGAACUCCAAUAUCGUUUUUGGAUAACAACCCUGUUGGAAAAGUUUUAAAUCGGUUUUCUAAAGAUAUUAGUAAUAUGGACGAUACAUUACCAUUUAUUUUUCAUCAUUUGAUUAAAUAUUACUCUCUUUUCGUUGGCGUGUUUGUAGUUGAAGCAAUCAUUCUUCCCUAUUUACUUAUAUUGACAUCUGUACUUUCAAUCAUAUUCUAUUUUCUGUGGACAAUCCAUAGCCGGGUGUUGGAAAGCAUAAAAUAUUGGGAAGGAAAAU